GUGGCAUCGUCACUGUGACACCCGGUUUUUCUCGCUAGAUCAAGUCGGAAAGCGACCUCAACAAGAUUCGCAUGUGGCUCCUGUACCCGACACUCGGGGCCCUUGGAGGAUGUGGAAAAGAGGCCAGGAGGUGGUGUAGUGUCACAAAGGCAUCGAGGGAAACGACAGUACCUGCGGGUAGAUGGAUAGAGCUAUGCAAUAGUUGGAAUACAGGUAGUGAUAGGUUCGAGAUGGUUUCGAUGUUGAGUACAUAAGGUAUUACAGCGCGUUCGAGAGGCGUAUGUGGUUCAAGGAGGAUGAUUGGUUGUGCGGAGGAGAGGUUGAUAGUGAUGGUGGAGGCUGGGAUUUCGUGUUUUGUUCAGGAUCAGAAGCCGAGCGCAACGGUUUCCAUAUCGACCUGGGCGACUACGCGAGACGGGCGUGCGUUGCAAGGGAAGGAAGGCACAAGGCACGAUCACGACUUCCCAGGGUACCGCACUCUCCUCUCAAGGCAGGUCUCUCUCCGGCACGCUUCUGCACCUUGUGCGAGGGGAUUCGCGUGAGGAAGGCAUUUUCUUGGCACAGGUGCUAAUCUUGGGAGAGCAGGAGCGGCCUGCAAGCAUCAACGCCUGCCUGGUGAAGGGACGCAAACCUAGUCUGCCUACUGCCCGGCAGUAUCACUAGAAUAGAUUGGUAUAUUCCACCCCGUGUAAAAGCGGGAAACACCCCGGAAAUA